AAAUGCUUGGUGGGCACAGAAACUAUUUGAUUUUCAUCUCUCAAGUACAAUCCUGGCAUUGUGUUUCGCAUUUGGGUGGCCGUAAGUUUACAUUUUUUGGGAAUUGAAGAAUCGUCGUUCACGUGUCCAUCGUUGUUGUAAAGUUAUAAAAAUGGGUAAGUACGCCAAAGACGCGAGAAACCCAGCCAAGUCAUGCAGGGCUAGAGGUUCUAAUUUACGGGUUCACUUCAAGAAUACACGGGAAACAGCCAAGACUAUCAAAAGAAUGCCAUUAAGAAGAGCUAUUCAAUUCUUGAAGAACGUACAAGAUCAACAAGAAUGCGUUCCGUUCAGAAGAUUUAACGGUGGUGUUGGUCGUUGUGCUCAAGCUAAGCAAUGGGGCACUACUCAAGGACGUUGGCCAGUCAAAUCUGCUCAAUUUUUAUUGGAAUUGCUGAGAAAUGCCGAAUCAAACGCGGAAUUUAAAGGUCUUGACAGUGACAGAUUAUUCAUCGAACACAUCCAAGUUAACAGAGCUCCGUGUCUUCGCAGAAGAACCUACAGGGCUCAUGGACGUAUUAAUCCUUAUAUGAGUUCCCCGUGUCACAUCGAAGUUAUUUUAACCGAAAAGCAGAAAUACGUUAGCAAAGUUAGCCGUGACGAUAGUCAAAAGAAGAAAGUUUCCAAGAAGAAGUUGGCAAGACAAAAGGAGAAGAUGAUGCGAGAAUAAGGCGUUCUUUAUACUAUUUGAAAAUAUAUUUUAAAUAUGUUCGAAAUUUUUUCA